GUCGCGGUUUCCAUCCGGAUUACAUCCAGAAAUCAUUCUGCCUCACUCAUGUUCAGAACACCUUUUUAACUCGGGAUUCAUUACAUGUUCCGCAGCUGUUUACAAGUAUCCGGGGACCUUCAUUCAACUCAUUUCAACACACUCAUUUUGUAGCCGGCUCCUCUUGUGCUCGCUGUCAAUUGCUCCCUAGAAGUGGAUCGAUGUGUUAGUCUUCAAUUGAACCUCGAACGAUAGACUCGCUCGCUUCCCUUCCGCCGAUGCAUGGAAGUCAGAGGAUGCCCGUCAUUUCAUAGGAUACUGGCAGCUUAUGCCUUUGGCUCUCACCCGGGCCUCACAGCCAUAGCCUUUCCGUCUCAAACCUCAUCUCCAUUCUUGUGGCUCACAUGCCUAGCAAACACCGCGUCGGUCUGAGCAAAUACCAGGAAGUCCCUCCUCUCCUGAGGAAGGUUGGUAAACCGGCAGUGCCGGCCAACGAAGAGCUUAUGGCAGAUACCCCCCCCGACGCUCCUCCCCGGAGCUCCUCUGACUCUGAGAGUGACGAUGGGCUACCCAACAGAGGAGACAUCAAGCCCACUCGGUUUCCCGAGACGCAGCCUGAGAGGUCCCGGCCGGUCCAAGACCUCCAUGGUGAGGAGUCUAGUAAGAAUGCACCCUCGGUGGUUUCGCGCUCUAAAGCUACCCGGGCAUCGACACGACGACGUCGUAUGAAUGAGCCCUCCUCGAGCCCCAAGGAGACAGAUCGUCAAACAGAAGCGGAAAAAGGCGACGAUGUACCAAGUAGCCCUACGGCGAAGAACCUUAAGAGAAGCUCGCCAAAUGAGAACGUAUCGGGUGAUCAGCUGUUCGACGACCAAAUUUUUCCCCAACAGAAGAAACCCCCCCUGAGCAAAUACAAAUAUACCUCCAAAAAAGCCUUUGUUGGCAGGUCGGGGAAAAAUAACCUCUCAAGGAGGGACUUCAAACCGCCGCCAGAUGAUCUGAAAAGGGAAGCGGAUAGCCCCGAAAGGAAGGAAUUCCAAAUGCCCUCCUCUCCGUUAAGGGCUGGGCAAGGUCCCGUGUCCCCAGGAAAAACAUUCAAAGCCAUCCCAGACAGCGACAUCUCGGUUAAAUCAUCUCCAGUACGGAAGAAGCGAUUAAAGAUGCCGAAGGAGAAGUCGAGACUACUUGAAGAUCGUGACAGCCCUGAAUUCUCUCAGAUGCCUGUCUUCAAGAUGCCCGAGGAGGAGGAGCCAGGGCUCUUCGACAUCGAUGAGGGAAGGGACCUGGAUCAGGCCAUGUCCCCUCCAACAGGCAACGCGUCCAACGCAUCGAACUUUUUGGAGACCUCGUCCUCACCGCUGAGCGAGCCAUUAUCAUCGCCCCGCGAGCCCGCACCAGUAUGCCCGCUUUGCAAUACAGAGAUCGAAAUGAAGGACCUCGAAGCAUUCAGACUCAAAUUCCCGCGAAUGACGGUCUCCAACAUGCAACGAUUUUGCCAGAUACACAAAAAGAAGUCUGCGCGAGAACAAUGGCUCAGCAGGGGCUACCCAGAUAUUCUCUGGUCCCAGCUCGAAGGGCGUAUAGCCAAGCGUUACGGGCUUUUACGCAAGAUCCUCGAGGGUGAGCGCCACUCGCACUUUGCCGACAGGUUCAGGGAGCAAAUAGAAUCUGGGAAGAACAGGACGCUGCUCCGAUCGGAUGCAAACCUCACCCCCGGGUACUACGGCAUCCGCGGCCUCCGUGCCAUGUCGGAGAACCUAAUCGGCGAGUUCUCGGCGCUGCUACGCAAGAGAUCCGUGCAAGACCGGUUAGUCUCAGCAAGGGGCCAUACGGCGUACCUGCAGGCUGUCCUAGUGCCGGAGCUGGCGGUGCAGCUCAUCAUGGAAGAUAUGAAUGUGGGUGAGGAGGAGGCGAGGAGGAUCCUGGCGGAAAGUGGUUCUAUCGGGGAGCUGCUUAAUGAUGAGAUUGCUGAUGUUGUUGAGGAGGACUCGGAUGGUGGUUUAGCUGCUGGCCGGAUGGAAUGAGGUCGGAGAGCUUCGAUGUUGCCCUCCACCAUAGAUGAUCUUGCUAGGCGUUUCUACAGAUACACGUCUGUUGACAUAUGGUCGUUGCACAACUCCCUGGCCUCUGCUUCGUCAUUUUGGGGCUUGAUGACAGUCGCACUGGGGUAAUAAAGACCAUAGACAUGACUGUUUGAGAUGUCACUUGGCAGCUGUGCAAGAAACACAGCUGCACUAACGCUACUUUCGCCUGAGGAGUCUGUCCCGCUGACGGAUGUGAUGCUAACACAGAUUGGGAGAAAGGGGGUUUCGCCAGCAUGGAGGCUUGUUGCAAAGAGCUAUAUAACUGUUACUCCGAUCUGCCCACAAGUACCGGUAGUGUGUUGUUUAAGGGGUUUGAGGAAGAGCGAUGACAUGCCCAUAGGCACUGCGCAACGAAACUUGCCCGACG